UUGCUGUGAAAAACGAAUUUGUUGUGAAAAACUCCUUUUUACCUGAAAAUGUCUUCAUGGAUAGAAGUCUUGUGGCAAAUAAGGAGUUUUGUUGCAGUGAAUUACACCAUGAUAAACAUAAUCAUGGGUGUUAAAGUAAUCCCGGUCAACUAAUCAAACUGUGACACAUUCAUUCAAGUGAUUGUUAAACAAUAGAGUAAUCAACGUAUUGAAUCCUAAUUAGAAUGUGCUGAUAUCUCUCUGGAUAGAGAUUUGAGGUGAACCUAUUGGGUUUUGUUAGUAUAUUGUCUGAAAGUCGCAUGGUUCCAGAACUUGAAGAAGACCUAACAAAUUAGAAUUGAAAACUGAAAAGUUUUUGCUACCAAUGUACAGUAUAGUGGAGUACUAUGUACUUCCUAGGCUUUAGUUGGGUAAAUACACUCUGGGGUUUUAAAUAAUGUGUCGUAAAGCAUACCAUCUGAUUGAAAAUUCAUCCCCAAAGCAGGCAUACGUAAGCGCAUGCGUGUGCAAAUGUAGCCCAUUGGUUUACUAUCCAUGGACCAACUCUAGACACAUUGGUAGCAUUAAGAUUUCAGAUUAAAGGGGUGGGGGGACCAUUUCUACCAUAUAGUGGAGUGCUAUAACUUUUGUAGGCUUUAGUUCGUACUUUUGGCAUAAGAAAUUCUUUCCCAAUUUUGAGUAGGAAGUUGGAAGACCCGCAGCUCGCUCAGCAUUUACUUAUUGAAUCCUGAUUGGUUUACUCUAUUGAAUUACUCUUAAAGCUGGGUCACAAUAGCCAAGGAGGAAUUGUCUCACUGCUCAUUCUAGCAUUCAGUUGCUAAAAAGCUUCUCAAAGAUCCGUAGUUACUUGCUAUGUAUAGAUAAUAAUAUUUAUACUAAACCAUAAAGAAUAUCACUAUUAUUUUAUACUAAUGGUUUGACCACGAUCUAGCAUAUAUAGUGAUUCAAUAUUUUAUAUAUGCUGAUUUUAUUGGCUCCAUGGCAUGGUAAUUCACAUAUGCACUUGCAUAUACACAGAGAUAUAAAUCUAUGAUAGAAGGGAGUCCAUAAUUGAUCAUUAAGAACCUGUGUCUUUAGACAAUCAAGAUAGCUCAUUUGGCCCUAGAGAUGGCUGAUGAGCAGGAUCUCCUGCUGCCUAUUGCCAAUGUGGGUCGGAUCAUGAAGCAAAUCCCGCCACCAAGUGCCAAGAUUUCCAAAGAAGCCAAAGAAACAAUGCAAGAAUGUGUAUCUGAGUUCAUAAAGUUUGUUACUGGCGAAGCAUCUGAAAAGUGUCAAAGGGAGAACCGAAAGACCGUGAAUGGAGAUGACAUUUGUUGGGCACUGAGUGCUCUGGGAUUUGAUGACCAUGCUGAGGCUAUAGUAAGGUAUUUGCAUAAGUACAGGGAGUUUGAAAGAGAGAGACCAAAUCAAAGGGUCCAAAAUGAAGUCGAUAGCACUCGAACCAAAUCUGGAGCAUCAGACUAUAAAUGCAUCCAAGCGGGGAAGCAGACUGAAACUCCUACUCCAAUAUUAUUGUUCGAAGUUACUGAUCAAAAUGGUAAUAGAUCUCUUACAAAGCCAUUUUGAGCAAUCUUUAUUAUGUAGUAUCAUGAUGAUAACAAUAAUGAUGGUGAUGCACAAGACCAUGAAAACUAGAGAGUUUGAGAUAUGGAUGUAAUCAGUCCUUAAAGAUUUAAAUCUCUGGAUUUGAAUUUUUUUUUUUAAUGAAAUCAGUUGCCACUGUAGUUUGAGGUGAUUGUGUCUUUCUCUGCAACUAGGUUUUUUUUUUCACAUUUCUUUCUUUCCUUCUUUCUUCUUCCUUGGAUGAAGGGGGAGGAAGAUCCGUACAAGAUGCAUGAAAUGUUUUUCUGUUUUGUCUUGUAACUUUUGUUUGUAUAUAUGUGGAGGGUAUUCAACCCAAUCAUGUGAAAUCGUGAAUUUUUUUGUGUUUCUCCUAAUUGGAUAUCAUAGUUCAAGACAAUGUAAGGCUGAUCAGUAUGUUCUUUUUUUCUUUUUUAUAAGAACAUAGAUUAUGGAAAAAUUUUCCUGAGUUAGGUAGUUAGGGUUUAAUGUUUU